AUGAACACUUCGAAGGGGCUGCUGGCGCUGGUGGAGGCGCUGGAGCGAAUGACCGCAAAUGCCGGGUGCAGUCCGCCGCGAGAGCCAAAAGCGGCCAAGUUCAGAGUGGAGGACAUCUUCGGCACUCCCACCUCAUCCCUGGGGCCCACUGCGGCGGAGGAGGAAGUCUUCUCACGCGGUGGAACUGCACCGGAGGUGCAUAAUGGGGACACGUUUGCCGCUUCUGUUGGUGACUCAGGCAUUGGAGGUGGACCCAGUGACGCAGCAGCCCCAGUGGCGUCCUUGCGAGAAAUGGCAAUUCAUUUUGGCAGGAAUAAGCCGCAUGCUGGGGUGGACUUGCAUGAGAUUUUCUCGCUGUUGCGAAAACUGAUUGACAGCACCCACUCCACAGCAGAGUGUGCCCACCUUACAUGCAUGGGGCCGGAUAUUGAUAAGGCGACGAAGCUCAUAAAACCCGUUGCACUUGCCGAUGUGAGAGCAGCUGUAUACAUGCUUUCGCUGUGUAGCAAUCUUGCAGCGGUGAAAGAGUCAAGGCUGCAAUUAAACGCGCCCCUGGUGUUAGACUUCGUCUUGACUACGGUCCAGGCGCACAUUGCGGAGAGGCAUGUCCUCUAUGUCGCACUUGUGGCACUGUCACAUCUGGCGUAUAUGGAAGAUGCACGACUCAGACGUGAGGAUUGUGAGCUGCUUAGUCGACUCAUUUAUCCCGUCUACACGGAGGCGGAGCUGGUGGAGACGUGGGCCGUGAUGAUCUGCAACGUCACCGCCCAUCACCCAGAGACGGUGCAGACAUUUAUAGAACUGGGUGUGGUGCAAGUCCUAGAGCGCCUCGUGAUAUACUUUGGCGAGGACGGCAAAACCGUUAUUCGUUGUCUGCAGUGCCUUUCCAACCUCGCCAUGGGUUUCACAGGCGGCCACCCCUCCGCCAUGGCGGAGUGA